AUGAAAGCCCUUGAAGUUGAGAACGUAGACAUAAACAUAUCAUCAAGCAUAACGCAACCCUUCGUGAUGUAUUCGGAAGAUAAUAGCCACAUAUAUCCACUUAAUGUGAUUGUGAAACGAACUGGGAUGACGAGCGAAUAUUUUUGUGGAUUAUUUCAAAAGAAGAAGAAAAAAAAUGUCGAAAAAAGUUCUCAUGAAUGA